AUGACUGGCCAAGCUGAACAGCAAAAGGAGGCGACUCCGCAGGCGGGCGAGACGACGACGACUGCGGCGUCCUCGAGCCGGCCCAACAGCCUGGCCUUUCCCUCGACCGGAGGCGCUGCCAAGCACCUCAACCCGGCCGUCAGGAGGGCGGCCGAAGGCGGGCGGCACCACCAGCGCUCCCACUCGAUCGACACAAAGGACCGCACCAGCCCCAUCCUCGGCUUUGGUCCGCUGCAGGGCGACAUUGCAAAGUUCCUCUCGGCCUCCAGCGCCGAGGGCUCGUCGUCGGUCGCUGCGAACGGCUCGGUCGAUGGUCCCAAGUCGCCCAUCGGCAGCGAGGCGGGCGCCAAGGACGUCACCUCACCUCCUGCAUCGGCGGUUCCGAGCGGGUCUGUCACCGGCGGCGGUGGCCAGCCGCUGCAGAAGCGCGUCUCGCUAACAAGCUUAUCUGGAGCCGGCACCGCUCACGCCGCAACAACUGCUGCUGGCCUGGCUCGGCCCAUUCCGCGCAAGGCCAGCAACGGGUCCAUCUCCAGCUCCAGUGGUGGCGAGGGCUCGCCGGAGCAGGCUUCCUCCGCGUCGUCGUCGUCGUUGUCGUCUUCGGACGCUCGACCGGUCAACCCCGCCAGGAAGGCUGACAACAAGGUCCCUGGCGCAGGCGCAAGCGGAAGCGGAAGUGGUGGCGGUGCCAGCGGCCUGGGCAGCAAGGACGCGUCCAAGAGGACCGCCUCGCCUGCCCGCGGCCACUAUUCGGGCAAGCCGAUAUCCCCGCGCCUGGCGCCGUACUCGAGCGGCGGCAUGAGCGGCCAUGCGCGCAGGAUCAGCUCGGAGCUCGGCGGCACCCACCGACCUCCGUCGCCCAUCUUCCUGCCCUCGGCCUCGCCGCCGACGCUGCCGGCCAAUCCGGACCCGCAGCACAGCUGGGACUCUGUCUGGCCGCGCUCGCCGACGUCUGACCGCGCGCAGAACAUCAAGCGCCUCGGCUCGCCCGCGUCGACGGCGUCGUCGAGCAGCCCGUCCGAGUCGGCCGGCAGCGGGAGCCGCCCCUCGCCGCACUCGUCCCCGCUCACGCACCAGCAGUCGGACCACGCCUCCCUGCUCUCCCGCUCUCCGCGUGCGCACCAGGACCUGGCUGGCAGCCCGUACUCGACGAGCCCGACAAUAGGCAGGCCCAAGGCGCGGCGGCCGCACGAGCUCAGGGGCUCGUCGUCCUCUCCGACGCUGCGCGUGGCCGGCUUCCCGCUGAGCAAGGAGGAGCCAGGAUCCCCUCGCAGCCUCCGUGGUGGUCUUGCACCGCGGCAGAGGGGCAUGGAGACGUCCAAGAGCGAGCCCAUCCCCAGGAUUGGCUUCAAUCCAGUGGCGCCCGCCGACGGCGACGCGGCGGCGCUGCCUGCAGCGACGUCGUUGACCGAGGCGAAGACGCCGCCAGCGAGCGGCGUCUCGUCGACCAGAAUGGAUGCCACCGCCGACGCCACCGAACCGUCGAAAAGGGCCGACACGACGAGCGAUGCGGACGCACACUCGCAAACGGCGCUGCAUCGACCCGUCCUCCCCAUCCUCACGGCGAGUUCUGCGACGUCUCCGAGAUCGCCGUUCCUCCAGCUCUCGUCGCCGACGACACACGCCCCCUCGCAGCACGAUAUGCAGCUUUCCGAGAGUCCGCCCAAGACGCGCAGCUUCAUCGCCAUGCCGCCGCGGUCGGGCUACGAGCUGAGCGACGACCCCGACGACGUCGGCUCCGAAGAAGACGGCUCGAGCUCCGGCCAGGGCAGCGUCGGCACCAACGGCGAGGACGAAGACUCGUGCGACGAGGCCGACGAACACCACCGCGACGAAGACGACGCGAUGCUGGAUGAGAGCAUGGCGGACGCUAGCGAGUCCGGCGCCGAUGGCAGCGUCGAGGGGAAGCAUAACGGCGAUGCGUUGCGGUCGCGAGUGCCCGGCGGCGAGGCGGCAAAUGGCCUCGUCAACGGCGACAUGGCCUUGGACAUGGAGCCGCCAGCUCGACCGAGUCUGCCGAAGCGACCGAGCCUGACUCGGUCCGGCGCAGUCCCGGCACCGCCGCCGGUCCUCGAUCCGCUCGCCAGCGCCGAGUCGUCGGCGAGGGCGCUUGCCGUGCACAAGGGGUCCCAGGGCGCGAGCCUGCUGACCUACUUCAAGGACCAGCAAGAUCAGGGAGACAGCGGCUCGGCCGUCCCGCCUCCCUUAGCCAUGGAUGAAGGGCUGCAGAUAAAUGACGCGGUUCAACCGUCAGCCCUGGGUCUCGACGCUGCAGGGAUGGCCGAGGCCGUCGACGACAACAUGAUGGGCGAGGGACCGAACGGCGAACAGGUCGAGGAGAGCCUCAACACGCUCGAGCGCAUCUUUCUCUUCGCCAAGAGCGAUCUGGCCUACCAUCGCGUGCUGGUGGCAAGCUCGCUGCCGGACUGGAUCCGCGACGUGGAGCUGAGCGACGCGGUCGAGUACAUCAUCCCACUUCUCAACGGCCUGGGUACCGAUGAACUCGACGUUUGCGCCGCCUUUGCGCCGGAGCUGUCGCGCGUCAUGUGGUUUUUCUUCCGCAACUGCCCGCUUGCGGAGCUGGCAGAGCAGUCGACGCCUCUCGAAGGGUCGGCGAGCACAGAUGCCGGCAACGCAGCAGCAGCAGCAGGGGAAGCCCGGCCGGUGGAGGAGGACGAGGUGGCUACGCGGCCUCGGAUCAGCGUCAGCACCUUCACCUCGCUGCUCUGUGCGCUGCUGCUCAACCAGAACAACCUCAUCGCCGGCGCGACGCAGCAAUCCCUGGUCCAGUUCUUCUGCCGGCUCGAGAACCGCGAGCUCGAUGCGCCGAAGCCCGACGCGCACGGCGCCCAGGGCGAGGAGAAGCUCGACCAGGCAGCCAUCGACGCGCAGGAGGCGCGCAAGAUGGAGCUGCACAUGGACGGCCUCAUCACCCACGCCGUCGGCCGGGACGGUCAGCCGGUGCCGCACGAGCCGUACGACUUCGACGAGCGGGCAAGGCACGCCAUCCGGACGGAGCUGCUCGACAACGUGGCCUUCGCCAUCGCUCGCCUGAGCCAGGAGCAGGCCCGCGAUUCGGCGCCGCAGGCGAUGGAGGACGUCUCGUACGACGAGGCAGCCUCCGCGCCGGAAGGCGGCGACGCGGCCGCGCCCAUGCACGAGGCAUCGGCGGAAGCGCGCCACGAGGCCUCGACUGCUGCUGAUCCGCCGAACGAGGAGCAGCAGCGCGACAUUGCGGCCGGCGUCGAUUCGCCGACCCACCCAUCGUCGGUGCCGCUGCCCGACACCGAGGAGGGCCGCUGGCAGGGCGAACAGGAUGGCCAGAAUUCACCCCACGAGGGGACGACGACAGCCGACGCCGACAUGAUGGACGAGAGCCAGCUGCUCGAGUCGUGGAACGGCGGCAGCUCGCCGUUUGCCUUUGGCAGCACGCCCAACAUGAGCGAGUACAAGGCCGAUAUUGACGAGGAGGCGGCCGUCGGGAGGAUGGCCUCGGUGAGCUUGCUGGCCGCGCUCGCUGUCGAGGAGCUCGUCGCCCGCGACCUGCUGCUGGAGCGCCUGCUGCCCGAGGUGCUCGCCCUCGCCGACGAUGCGGCCUUUUUCGUGCGCAAGGAGGUGGCUGGCGCGCUCGGCCCGAUGGCCAAGAACCUCGACCACGACACUGUCACCGAACGGCUGCUCCCCGCCUUUGAGAGGGCGAUGGCCGACCGCAUCUGGCACGUUCGCCUGGCCGCCUGCUUCUCGCUGCCCGCCAUCCUGGGCCGCCUCAACGCGCCAGAGAAGCGCAGCAGGACGGUGUCCAGCCUCCGCACGUUUGUCAACGACGUGUCGCGCAAGGUGCGCCUGGCCGCGCUCGAAGUCCUCGGCGAGGCCAUCUUCAUGUUCAAGGAUGACGCCGAGGGCGUGCCCGACGAGAUGGUCCGCUUCUUCAUCGGCGAGCCCUUUGACGGUCCGCCGCAGCAGGGCGAGACGUCGCUCUCGUUUGACCCUUCGUUUGGCGCCGAUUCCUCGCGCGACGAUGGCCAGCCACAGCAGCCGGACGCGGCUGGUGCUGCGGACGACGACGCCGACUCGCUGCUCGUCAGCUUCGGUUUCUCGCAGGGUGGUGCGGGCGGUGGCGGCGGCGGAGGCAUCGGCGGAUUCGGCGGUGGCGACGAUUCGCUGGGUGGAUCGCGCUGGGACAGCGGCUUCGGCUCGACCGACACCGAUCCCGACAGGCCGCUGGUGGUGGCGUUCAACAUCCCCGCCGUCGUGCUGACGCUGGGCGCUGAGCGGUGGCCGCAGCUGCGCAAGACGUACCUCGAGCUGACCGAGCACGCCGUGCUCAACGUCCGCAAGAGCCUCGCCGCCUCGCUGCACGAGAUUGCCAAGAUCAUCGGGCCCGAUGCCGCCAAGGACGACCUGCUUCCGGCGGCCGACCGCUUCCUCGGCGACCACGAGCACGAGGUGCGCAUCGCCGUCCUCGAAAACAUCGACGUCCUCCUCCGCUGCCUGCCCAGGCCCGAGGCCGAGUCGACCCUGCAGCGGCUGCUGGCGCUGUGGUCGAUGGACUUUUCGCGCGACUGGCGCCUCCGCGAGCGGCUGGCGCUCCAUAUCCCCAGCAUGGCCAAGCAGUUCCUGCUCGACGACGAGCAGGGCCAGCUCGUGACGCUGAUGCACAUGGCGCUGGCCGACUCGGUGAGCGCGGUCCGCGACGCCGGGGUCAAAUGUGUCCCCGAUCUCUACCGCACGUUCGCCGACAAUGACCAGGUCAUCGCCGACGGCUUCCUGGGCAUCGUUUCCGACCUCGGCGACAGCGAGGGCUACCGGCUCCGGGUGGCCUGCCUCCUCUGCAUCCAGGCGCUCGUCGACAAGGGCAUCCAGCGCUCCUCGUGUGAGCUGCUCCUCGUUGGUCGGCUGGUGCAGAUGGGCAGCGAUCGCGUCGUCGACGUGCGCAUCGCACUGGCGCGCACCGUGGGCCAGAUGUGUCGCCGCCAAGAGCUCUACGCCUCUCCGCAGUCUCGCUCGCCGGAGCUCAACGGCCUUCUGGCGCGCCUGGCCCGCGACCGCUCCCACGAGGUGCGCGAGGCCAUCGACGGCAUCCUCACACCGGACGAGGCGGCGCGCUUCACCGCGGCCAAUGGCGACGAAUCGCCGGCCGACGCGCCGCGUACGCUCGUCCUCGGACCCGCCGAAGGAGGCCCCCACAAGCCCGAGGGAUCCUUGGGCGCCAUGGGGACGGGCCAGGUCGAUCUGGGUCAGACGACUCUGCCGAUGUUCGACAUGGACGAGAGCCACGAUCUCGAGGACGUCGACAUGGGCGACGGUGUUGGCGAGGCUAGCGGUAGCGGCAGCGGUGAACACGCCGAAGCUCGGAACAGCGCUGAUCCCUCGGGCGACGACCAAGGCCAUUCCUUUGCGGUCCCGCUCCGGCAUAGCGGCGACGGCGACGAUGACGACAACGACGGCCACGGGCCGGCCGACGCCGGCGACGCCUCCUUUGAAGAGGACGAGGCGCCGCACCACUUGCUUGGCGUCGACCCCGAUGCUGAGGACGACGAAGCGGCAGGGGCGAAGAGCCUCGACACAGGGGGCGUUGGGGAAACGCUCUCGCUGUCGUCGCCGCAGCGGAUGCAGCAGGCGGGUCAAGGCGGCCCUGCGGCCUCCAACGGCGGAGGUGACAAUGUCGAUACCAACGGCGGCGGCGGCGUUAGCAGCAUCAGCAGCGGGAGCCCGAGCACAAAGGCUCGAGGGUCCGAUCCCUUCCUGGCCUUUGUUGCCGGACGCAGGUCCCAGGACCUCUCGCGCCUCAAGAUCAACUUCGACCUCGACCCCAACCUCGAUCGCAGCGAGCCGAUGCGGCAAGGCGGGCACGCUUCGUCUCCCGCGAGGACGCCCGGCGAUGCAUCUCCCGAUGCUGCCGCUGUCACGGCCACCAGAGGUCCGACCGAGACUGCGCUAGCGCAGCUGGCCGAGGACGUGGGCGAGUCGCUGCGCAGUCCAGGCUCGUCCGAAGACGGCUCCACGGGCAGGCGAUCUGCGCCUUCGUCGGGCGACUGGUCGCAGCUGAGGGGCGACCUGCCGUCGUCGCAGCAGGGCGCGCCGGGCGGUGGCGGCGGUGCUGGCGAGUCCGUAGAAGCUCCGUCCGACCCGACGAGCAGCCCACAGGCCAACGCGUUGUCGACGGCGACCCCGGCCAGCAGCUCUGGCGAUGGCGAUGGCGAUGAGGACUUUGUCACGAUCGACGCCGAUGAAACGGCACGUUGA